GAUACAACAACUGGCCUCAGACCUCCUAAGCGAUUGUGGGAUUCUCUAAAACACAGACAUAGUUCCAUUGCAAAGUCCAGGAGGCCAGGACCCUUGCUUGUCUGGUUCACCGUCGUGCCUGCCAUAGUUACACACGCUAAUUCUGGAAUGAGUCGGCCGUUUAAGGCGGCAAAGUUUGAACGGGCCUAAAGACUGCGCAGGGAAUUAUCCCUCCCAAGACAGCACCCUUAACUGUCCCUUUCAGAAACCAUUUCUAACGGCCUAACAGCCGCUGGAACUGAAAACAUCCUAGCCCCUGUAGGAUAAUCCAGAAUUGGGUCAUCCAAGUGGACGCCCAAACGCCGGCAUUUUUUCGUUAAUCGCUUCCAAGUAGCCCUGCCUUACUGACUCCGCGGGCAGAACACCAUGAAGCAGCUGCCAGUCUUGGAGCCUGGAGACAAGCCCAGGAAAGCAACAUGGUACACCUUGACCCUCUCUGGAGACAGCCCAUGUGCUCGGGUUGGCCACAGCUGCUCAUAUUUACCCCCAGUUGGUGAUGCCAAGAGAGGGAAGGUCUUCAUUGUUGGAGGAGCAGAUCCAAACAGAAGCUUCUCAGAUGUGCACACCAUGGAUCUGGGAACACACCAGUGGGAUUUAGCCACCUCGGAGGGCCUCUUGCCCCGGUACGAGCAUGCCAGCUUCGUUCCCUCUUGCACGCCUCACAACAUCUGGGUGUUUGGAGGUGCCAACCAGUCAGGAAAUCGAAAUUGCCUUCAAGUUCUGAAUCCUGAAACCAGGACUUGGACCACGCCAGAGGUGACCACUUCUCCACCAUCACCAAGAACAUUCCACUCAUCAUCGGCAGCUAUUGGAAACCAGCUGUAUGUGUUUGGGGGCGGAGAGAGAGGUGCCCAGCCCGUGCAGGAUGUGAAGCUUCAUGUGUUUGAUGCAAACACACUGACCUGGUCACAACCAGAGACACUUGGAAAACCUCCAUCCCCACGACAUGGUCAUGUGAUGGUGGCAGCAGGGACGAAGCUCUUCAUCCAUGGAGGCUUGGCAGGGGACAAAUUCUACGAUGAUCUUCAUUGCAUUGAUAUAAGUGACAUGAAGUGGCAGAAACUAAGUCCCACUGGGGCAGCUCCUACAGGCUGUGCUGCCCACUCAGCUGUGGCUGUGGGGAAACACCUGUAUGUCUUCGGAGGGAUGACUCCCACAGGAGCACUGGACACAAUGUACCAAUAUCACACAGAGAUGCAGCAUUGGACCUUACUUAAAUUUGAUACUUUUCUACCCCCUGGACGAUUGGACCAUUCCAUGUGUAUCAUUCCAUGGCCAGUGAUGUGCACUUCUGAGGAAGAUCCAAAUUCUGUCACUCUCAGUUGUGAUGCUGAGAAAGGGGACUGCACUGACAAAGGAGUGACCCAAAGUGGUGACUCACGUGAGGAAAGUCAGGCUGACUCACUGCUCUGUUUUGUGUUUGGUGGGAUGAAUACAGAAGGGGAAAUCUAUGAUGAUUGUAUUGUGACUGUAGUUGACUAAUAAAACCUACAUUUUUGUUA